AUGACCAGCUCAGAAGAAAUCGGUCACUUCCGGCGCUUUCCGGAUCUUCCUCCGGAGAUACGACUCAUGGUCUGGCGUGAAUGUUUACCAUAUCGAGUUCAUGAGCUGGAUGCGGACGAAUUCUAUGAUCAAACACGGGGAUGUUUCCCUCGUCUGUGUGGUCUUGAAAAGACGAUGUAUAUGAAUCUCAGGCCACCGACUAUCUCUCGUGUAUGUCGCGAGUCUCGUGACGUGGCUUUCCAGAAUCGCGUCAUGCUCCCAUACGAGGAAAUGCUCGAUGAAGCUUACUGGGAAUCUGAAACAAGAGUCAAAGGCAUGAUUGAUCCUUCCCGAGAUACCGUACACCUCAACUGGGUACCCUGGGACGAGAGAUAUGAAGAUGAAGGGUAUUCAAUAGGAUAUCUAGCCUGGCACGCUGCAAACUCAGCGCAGGGUGGAUCCAUGGACGUAUUCGCUAUAUUCCCCGACGACUUCGAAAUGCUAGAAUUCAUACCCAACCUCGUUCUCGUCACAAGAAAGGUCAUAGUACACGCUAGUGCCGAAUACGUCGCAAAAACAGGUUUAUUCGGACUCCUAUGCGAUGCACCAGUUCAGCUUGUUGACCUGUCCGACGAAAAUAGAUUGAAGGCCUUCUUUGAUUUAGCGGAGGAAACACAGAAAAAGGGCUAUGUCACUUUUGGGCAGGACCUGCACAGAAAAUCUUGCGAGGACCUUCAAGCAGAAUUCAAGAAGAUUGUUAAACGCAGAUAUGGGGGGUUUGUUGCCCCCUCAUGGGAUAAAAUACCACCCAUGCGUGGCGCGAUUAUGUUUCGGCUAUGUACCGAUAUGUGCAAUAAUUCAGAGGAUGCAGAAGAGGGCUUUCGCCCACCCCCUGGGACUACAUAUAUCCCGCCGCCGCGUAUCAGGGGGCGAGGGCGAGGGUAUCCUUUAGGAAAUAGGCGUCCCUAUCGGAUUAGAGGUCGCCAUAGAAACAGUAUCAUUGCAUAG